GGCUCUCAUGGAUUGGCGCUCUGCCAUCUUUGAUUGUGCGACAGGCCGCGGCGCGAGCGGGGCCCUCUCUCGAGCGCACCAGAGCUGAGUCUCAGCACGAGACCGCGAGAAACCGCUGACCGCCCCUUACUGCUCACCUCACACCGGCGGCGCAUCGGAGAGAGUCAAAGACGAAUAAAAGACAGAGAGGUGGAGAAAAGCGCCAUUUCUCUCGUGCGUAGAGGAGAUUUUGUGGGUCGCUAGCUGUUCGGCUAGCCGCAGCAGUGUGGGAAUAGCAUAGCACAAGCUUUUGUAAUCCACAGCCGGCCACACACACUUAAACACACACACAAUACAAAGCGGGCCAGGAUACCAAACGACCGGACGGAAUAAACGAAUUACCUGAGGAGAGAGUCGGGACCGGCGGAGACAGGGGCUGGUUCUGAGGGGUGAGGCCGCAGGACCAGACUCAAUGAGUUUCCAGCGAAAUGUCAGAGAAGUCAGGGCAGAGCACCAAGGCAAAGGAUGGCAAGACCAAGUAUGCAACCCUUAGCCUCUUCAACACAUACAAGGGCAAGUCUCUGGAGACCCAGAAAACUGCAGUUGCUGCCAGACAUGGGCUCCAAAGUCUGGGCAAAGUUGCGGCCAGUCGGCGCAUGCCCCCUCCGGCCAACCUGCCCAGCCUGAAAGCAGAAAACAAAGGCAACGAUCCCAACGUUAGCAUCGUACCCAAGGACGGCAGCGGGUGGGCCUCCAGACAGGAUCAGCCAGGAGAGGAACGACAACAAGAGACUCCUCCACCACAGCCCAAGUCACUUGUUACCCAGACCACCGAUGCCCCUGUGGUAGGCAGCCGCUCCUGGGCCAACAGCAAACAGUCUGGACAGCUAGACGGAGCUCCUCGGAUGAGCAGUCAGUUCCAUCAGGAGUUUCCGAGUUUGCAGGCAGCGGGUGAUGCGGAAAAACCAGGCGAGCAGGAAGAUGAGCCCUAUGGACCGGGCCCAAGCCUCAGGCCUCAGAAUGUGGGUAGUUGGCGAGAGGGUGGAGGCAGGAACCUAAAUGUUGUUCCCAGCUCCUCAGAGACGGACAGCAAGCCCUCCGAGGAGUCAGGAGUGGGUAGAGGCACACCAUCUCCCUCAGGAGACUCUGAUGAGGCAGGCAAAACCUCGGCUGGGGAGGGCAGAGAUAAGCGAGAUGCCAGAGACAGACUCCCCCCCGCUGGUCCUCAGCAUAAACUCAACGGUGGGCAGCAGCCACCUGGAGGCAUGGCAUCACAGUUCCAUGCCCAGUUUAGGAGCAUGAUGCCACCAUAUAUGUUCAAUGCUUACCCCCGAGUGCCGUUUUCUUCUGUACAAGGCAAUUUAAGAUAUUCUGGACAACAGGAAAUGUCAAAGUGUCUGCGGUCUGGCGGAAGAUCCUCACAGCCUCCUCAGACAUGGCUGAAGGAUCCAGAUCGACCAUCAAUCAUUAGUGCCACUGAAUUAAAAGAGCUAGACAAUCUGGACACUGAGGCAGAUGAAGGCUGGGCAGGUGCUCAGAUGGAAGUUGACUAUACUGAGAAACUAAAUUUUAGUGAUGAUGAGGAAAACCACACAGCUAAAGAUAAAGGAGAUAACUGGGAGUGGAUGGCUAAAGUGGAUCGUAUGCGGUCAAGAAACGCUGAUGCCCAGGACGGAUGGAAAGUGGAAGAAAGAUCUGACAGCAAAAGCUCAUGGGCAGAGAGUGGAGACCCAAGGGCUUCCUCCCCAGGCAACAUUGGCCAUUAUAGCAAGACUGCACCUUCCCAGGACCAACAGGGCCAAACAGCUGCACGUUCUAUGGGAAGUGGUGGUACCCAUGUUGCAAAGCCACCCACUGCAGCAUCCUCUACUGGUGAGGAGGAAACGGAGGCAUGGCGACAGAAACGUAAGAAGCAGUCAGAGCUUUCAGAGGCUGUGGAACGUGCUCGCAAGCGACGUGAGGAGGAAGAGCGCCGUAUGGAGGAACAGAGACUCGCUGCCUGCAAAGAGAAACUCAAACAGCUAGAGGAGAAGCGACGACCUUCUACGACUAUAGAAACUACUAAACCAACUGUGCAAACUUACAGUGAUCACCAGGAUGUGACUGAAACUGUGCCUAAACUAUCUGCUGAAACUCCUCCUCCUCAGCCGCCACCUCUGUCUGUGCAGCAACCUUGCCCGCCUAUGCCAACUCACGAAAGGACCGAGUCUAGUGUGGAGGAGGUGCCACAGUUUGUUCCCCGGCAACCUAGCCCUCCAGUCCACCGGAUUGCUCCUGAAGCCCAAAGCAAAGUGGAUACUGCUGUAACGGAGGAAGUGCAUAGGCAGGGGGAGAGACAACCAAUGAGAGACUACUUCAGCGCUGAGGAGACCAGAGUUGAGGAGACUCUGCUCUCUCUGUCCAGACUGGAUCACUCUGUUGCUGAAGAUGCACCUCUUCCUCAACUGGAAAAUGAAGGAGACACGGGGGCUGCUGUUCGUCCUUCAGUCACCUCUGGAUAUUCCAAACAGUUCCAGAAGUCUUUGCCACCCAGAUUUCUCAGACAACAGGAACAGCUCAAACAACAGCAGUGGCAGCAGCAGCAGCAGCAGCAGCAGCAACAACAACAACAACAACAGCAGCAGCAGGGUGGUGGAGGUCCAGUCUCCCCCUCUGGGGGUUCUGUUCCACCUCAGCACAGAUCCCUCUACCAACCUCUUGGCCCCCACCACCAACACCUUGCCUCGAUGGGCUUUGACCCACGCUGGCUAAUGAUGCAAUCAUACAUGGACCCCCGUAUGAUGUCUGGACGACCACCAAUAGAUAUGCCUCCAAUGCAUCCUGGGAGAAUGCCUCCAAAGCAACUAGUACGACGAGAGCCCACAGACAACAGCAGCUCUGGAUCGGACUCAUUUGAUCAUCUAACCCGACCAAUCCGUGAACAUGGUGUUCCAAAUGAACAUCGAAUGGUCUGGGGUUCUGAUCCUUAUCUCCAGACAGAGCCCCUGUCCUCUACAACUGCUAAAGGACGAGAUGAUGGAAAGGAGUCAAGACUGGAUGCUGGUCUGGAGCUGGACAGAGGACUUUCAAGUGUCUACCCUCAGGACCAUAGCCCACUGGAGCCCCGGGGCAAAAGCGACUUCUUCAGGGAUUCAUCUGAGCCCUUGUCUGCGUUUAGUCAUGUUUCUGAAGAGGUACCUGGUCUGCUUCAGACCGAUAGAGCGCCAGUCAUCUCUUCCUUUGAGCCAGAUGAGAUUGCCCUGUCUGCUACAGAGGAGGUUGAAGCCAUUGGACAAGCUGUGCUGAAAAGGAGUGUCUCUCAAGGCUCCAGUCAUUCUCUAAAACUGGAGGAGCCUAGAUUUGAAGGUCUUACCAUAGCACAGAAAAGCCUGGACUUUCCUGAGACUGUGGAAAGGCCAGAGGACAAAUCCAGAAAAGAGACCUUUGGUCAAGGACCUGUGAUAAACAACCGUUCUACCCCCCCUGUGACUAAUGAUGUUGUACACAAAACAGAAAAACUGAUCUUGCCUGCACCCAGCAAGCAGAAAUCUGAGAUGCGCUGGGGAUCCCGUGGGUCAGGAGGCGGUAGAAGAGAUGGACCCGGAGGUGAUCGUCCAGUUAGGAGAUCUGGACCUAUUAAGAAACCUGUUUUGCGGGACAUGAAGGAAGAGAGGGAAAAAAGAAGAGAGAAAGAGCAGCAUGAACGUGGUGAGCGAACGAAAAAAGAUGGCGGUGCCCCUUCAGGUGCUACAGAGACAUCAGAUGUGCAGAAGCAGUCUGGAGAGUGGAAGAAGGGAGCGGUCAUAGCUGAGGUGGUAGCGACUCCUGGUGCAGCAAAAUCCAAAGAUCUUCAGACAGCAGCUGGUUCUGCAGCCGCAACUGCUGGAGAUGAAAAGCCUGACAAGCCUACAUUAAGCGACAAACGUCCUGAACCCAAACUACCAUCUCGAAGAGAGUCCAACUUCCCUCCCAGAGCUCACCGCAGAGAGGAGAGAGAGCGAGAGAGAGAACGGGACAGAGAAACAGACCGAGAUAAGGACUGGCCCUCAGAUGCCAAUUUUAAAGGCCGUGGUAGAGGAGAGUACUAUUCCCGUGGCCGGAGUUACAGAGGCAGCUAUGGUGGGAGGGGCCGAGGUAGUCGUGGCCGGAGUCGAGGGGACUACCCUUUUAGGGAGCCACGGUCACGCCCGGAUUUGCCAUUAAGUGCCACUACUGGUUUCCGCUGCCGCGAAGAGAGCGAGACACGCAGCGAGAGCUCAGACUUUGAAGUGCUACCCAAGCGCAGACGUAGACGAGGCUCAGACACAGACUCUGAAAGUGAAGGAAGAGAAUCUGCCAGUGACACUGGAGCGUCGGACCGAGAACCCAGCACCAAACAGAGCAGGCCGAUCCGACGUGAGCUGCUAGAAUCCCGCUCCUCUAAAUCUGCCUCAGGAUUACCGGGUGCACAUUUAUCCGAAAAAUCAGCACCUCGCGACGAGGAGGGCAGACCAAAACCAGGUUUUCUGUUAAAGGGUGAGACUGCAUGCCGGGGCAAGGGAGGCUUGCACAGCAGGAGAGGAGGUGGCAGAGAGCGGGGCAGCCACCGACCUGCUCCUUUUCGUCGGUCCCCUGUCAAAGACAGCUCCCAGUGGCCAUCCAAACCCAUGGAGACUUUCCGGCCAGAGGAAGCAGACACGCGUACCGACAGCGCACCCUCAGAGAGACGUCACACCAAAUAUGAAAACAAGAAAAUGGGAGAGGGUGUUGGGCAAGGCAUCAGAGAGAGACCUAGGAGACCACGAGCGGCACGUCCUCCCAGACAGGACAAACCUCCACGAUUUCGAAGACUUAAGGAACGCGAGGCAGCAGUCACCGCUGGAGAAGCUACGCCUAGCGUGUCAGGACCCACAUCUGUCUCCCCAACAUUGUCUAAAGCUCCAGGAACUCUUGUCACGUUGCCUGAAGGAGGGACUGAUCCCAGUGCAGCACCUUCUUUCACUUCUGAUGUGAGUCCCCCUGAGCUUCCUGCCUCAGAGGUGAUACUUCCUGAAGCGGGAGCUGCCACGAUAGUUGCUGCAGGCAGCAAAUCACCUGACUUAUCUAAUCAGAACUCUUCCGACCAGGCUAAUGAGGAGUGGGAGACGGCCUCUGAGAGCAGUGACUUUAAUGAGCGGCGAGAGCGAGAAGACAGAAAGCAACUUGAAGCGACUGUGACUGCAUCCAUUUCUGGUUUCUACGUACCUGUACAGGUCUGUGGGCCGCCGAACAAGUUAUCCACUGAAGGUGUGCCAAUCCCAAAACGUGAAUCAGCUACGGCAGCCAAAAGAAGCUUCUCUAGUCAGCGGCCUGUGGAUCGACAGAACCGACGGGGAAAUAGCGUACCCAAAGUGGGUCGUGGGUACGCUGGAGCCAAAGGCGAUAGAAGGGGAGGAUCUGGAGCCAAAUCUGGACGGAGAGGUGCUCCUGGGCAGAAUGGUGAGGCUACUCAGGCCGGUACUGGUCAGAAGACUGGGAAAGAAUCGGCACCCAAUCGCAGGAAAGAGGAAGCAAAGCAAGCUGUCAAAAAACCCAAAGAGAAGGAAAACGCUCUAUCUCAGUUUGAUCUCAACAACUAUGCCAGUGUGGUGAUCAUUGACGACCAUCCUGAAGUCACAACACUGGAAGACCCUCAGUCAAAUAUGAACGAUGAUGGGUUCACAGAGGUUGUUUCACGGAAACAGCAAAAACGGCUGCAGGAUGAGGAAAGGAGGAAGAAAGAAGAGCAAACUGCACAGAACUGGUCUAAAAAGGGCUCUGGUGAGAAGGGUAGAGGCGGUGGUUCGAAACUGCCUCCACGGUUUGCCAAGAGGCAGCAUCAGCAGCAAGGAAUGGCAGCGACACAGCAGCAACCUUCUGCCCUUGCUGCACAGACCCCAUCUGUCCCCCAGCAGCCUCAACCACAGCCUGCCAUCGCUAUGUCACAACACAAUCUGCCUGCCUCCAAUCAGAAAACCAGCUCACCACAGCCACUAGAGGGUGCUGUAGCAUCUCUGCCCCCUGCAUCUUUAGAUUUCCCUCCCAAGAGCCAGACACACAACACACUCGGUACGGAACUGUGGGAGAACAAGGUGGCUGGCUCCACCGUUCUCUCUGAUGUGAAGAAACUCGGACCUAUCAGCCCUCCCCAGCCUCCCUCGGUUAGUGCCUGGAACAAACCUCUCACUUCAUUUACAGGGACCGUUACACCUGAGGGUGUGAAACCAGGCACAGAAAGUGGACUUGAGCUGGGCAUAGACAGCAUCCAGUUUGGCGCUCCCUCUUCAGCAGGCAGCACUGACAGUGAUGGUGUUCCCAUCCUGCUGGAGAACAUCUCUGACAAUAAACUACCUGAACCCAAAGAGCAGAGACAGAAGCAGCCUCGUGCUGGACCUGUCAAACCUCAGAAGUUGCCUGAAAUCCUUCCUUUGGAGCACAAGGAAUAUAAACCUGGUCCUAUUGGUAAAGAACGUUCGCUCAAGAACCGUAAGGCUGCUAAAGAUGUGCGUCAGUCUGAUGGAGAGGGCCUGGAUAAAAGCUGCGCUGGAGGCGGUAGAGACAGAGAUUCCAACUCACCCAUUAAAGACAAGGUUCCUGAGCUGGAUGGAGACAUUGAGGGCAUGAUCACUGCUCCAUCAGCAGAAUAUUCUUGUAGCUCUAAGGAAUCGGUGACGGACUACACAAUCCCUUCCUCCUCAUUGGCUGACAAUGUUCCCACUGCAGGACCCAAGAUAGAGGAGAGCCUUGUGACACCUGUGCCACUUUCUCAUUCGUUGCCUCUUCCACGGAGAGAAGCCUUACAGCAGGCAUCCAGUCUCACCACGGUGUCUCCUGCUACUGUAGACCUCACACUUAAAAUGGAGUCAGCGCGUAAGGCGUGGGAAAACUCUCCCAAUCUCGGAGAGAAGAGCUCUCCUGUCACUUCCUCUGCUUCCCCCAUCACCAGUGGAGGAGGAGCAGGCAGUGCCUCCUUCAGCUCCUUCUCCAGUGCUUCUGUUCCUCAGAUACCCGUGGCUUCUGUCACCCCCAGCACCUCCCUCUCUGGGUCUGCAACCUACACCACGUCUUCUCUCAGCACAAAGAGCACGUCAGCAUCUGACCCACCCAACAUUUGUAAGGUGAAGCCCCAGCAGCUGCAGAGUUCAGGGAUGUCCAGCACUAGCUUCUCACAGCUGGGCUGUGCUCCAUCUCUCUUGCCUCAACAGCAGCAGACCCCACAGGUGUUCGUAUCCCAGUCUGCAGCAGGUUCUGCAGCCCAAAUCCCAGCUUUCUACAUGGACACCAGUCACUUGUUCAGUACCCCUCACCCUCGGUUAGCUCCUACGUCUAUAGCCCAGCAACAAGGAUAUCAGCCUGGACUCUCACAGCCCGCAGCAGUGCAACAGAUCCCCAUUCCCAUCUACGCUCCCCUGCAAGGGCAGCACCAGCACCAGGCCCAACUGGGUCUGAACACUGGACCUCCUGUGUCUCAACCUCAAGACCUCUUCAGUUCAUCCUUACAGAACUACAGGUCCCAGCAGGCAUUCAUGCAAAACAGCCUCUCCCAGACAUCCCCCAUGAUGCUGUCCGGGACACCACUGCACAGCUACCCCGGUGUUCAGCCCCCAGAACUAGGCAAGCCUCAGUCCAACCUGGCUUACCAGCAGACCUCAAACACUCAACACAUCCCCAUCCUAUUUGAACCUCACCUGAACCAGCCCUCUGGCAUCGGAGGUUCACAGCUGAUAGACACUCACCUGCUGCAGCGUCAGGGAAUGAGUCAGCACUCAAACCUGUACUCUGGACCGGCAGCGGUCCAGCAGCAGAACAGCUAUUACAGCUCAACACAGAGUGCCAGCUCUGCCCUGCAGCAGGUGACCGUUCCUGUACCAGGUUCACAGUUGUCUUUGUCCAACUACGGCUCUGGUGGUGGUCAGCCUCUCUUGACUUUGCCUCAGUCCCUGGCUCCAACCCCUCCCCAAGCCCCGCCCCCCAGCCUCAACCGCCAGCACCCCAGCAAUCCGCCCUACCGUGGCCUCAUUGGCCAGAAUACACACAGCAUGAUGCAGCCUUCCAAUAAGAUGUGCGAGAUGGAUCUGAAACUCUUCAGUGGUGGAAUGGAUGUGAAACCUGGAACUCCACCCAUCAGCGCAAGAAGCACUACUCCCACCUCUAGUCCUUAUAGGGCAAGUUCAACGAGCCCCAUUAGUCAAUCCAGCAAGAUGAACAGCAUGCUGUAUCCCAAACAGUUCCAGUCGGGAUCUGCAGGAAUGCGCAUUGCCCAGCACUUCCCAGGACAGUUCAACCCACAGAUGUUGUCUCAGGCCAACCUGGUGUCUCCACUGGUGCGUUCAGCUCAUGCAAACUCUUUUCCCGGAGGGGUACAGCGUUCAGUCAUGGGUCCACCUAUGUCCCCUAACCUGAGUGGAGGGCUGAUGCCCCACCCUAGACCCCAACACCCUCCACGUGGACCUUCUGGUCCCCCUUUAGCACCCCGUGGCACACAGGCCGCCCUAAAAGCGGAACAAGACCUUAAGGCUAAACAGAGAGCUGAGGUUUUGCAGUCCACCCACAAGUUCUUCUCUGAGCAGCAACAGCUGAAGGCUCCAGUCAGCAAGCCCACUCGCAUGGAAGUGGCAGGCAAACCCACCGACAGUGUCUCCUCGAACCACCAGGGGGCGCCAUCCGACCGCACAGAAUCUGACAAACCUGCACCUAUAGCAACAACCAAACCCAUCCGGACGGGUCCAAUCAAACCACAGGCCAUCAAACCAGAAGAGAGCAAAUAGUGCUAACUGCUAGAGAAAGGACACAUAGAUGGAGGGAUGCACUGAGAGGCCUGAUGCACGAGGGCGAUGUUCUACAGCACCUGAAGGCGACAGUAAAGUUUAGAAAGAGAAAGAGAGAGAGAGAGGUUAGUUGCGGGGUGCUGUGCAUUUCUCUCACAUUUACUUCCUCAUUAUUUUAUCAGUCCAUCCAUACUCUUCUCCACUGGGGUUGGCAUUAAGGUGAAGCGCCCCUCCAUUGUGUGAAUCUCCAGUGAACAAUGAAGGUAGACAUCAUGAAUCACACUUGCUGCUGAGAACGCCAUUUUUAUAGCAAUAUUAUUUACUUUUCCUCUUCACCUGUUUCCAUGUAGAAACACAUUUUAGGAAGGCUGAUGUUUCCUCCUUUGAUUUAAAGACGUUUUUGUUGUUCCUUGAUUCCUCAAGCAACACACACUUUGAUGCGAUGUGAUGAAAUGUUCAAGCACACUCACGCAUAUCAUUAUCGUUUGUGCACAUCUGCAUUGAUGUAUGUGAUUUUGUUUAUAGUUUCACCUCAACCGCAUGUAUUGGCCUUAACAAUACAUAUGACAUCAUUUCACCGGAUUAGGACUCUAUUACUGACGUAUCCGAUUAAUUCGUCGAUGGCAGUCUCCACUGUGAGCCUUCCUCCCUGCCUUCUCAGUAGUCUAUGCCUGCAAGAAUUGAAGGUUGUGUGCGUUUGUGCAUGUGCACAAGAUCCUUUAGCCAAACGUUAGGCAUCGAGAGACCCCAAUCCUUUUAGAUGAAUAUAUAUGAUUUUGAAGACGGCUCCGCUUGGUCGACAUUGGUCGAUUGGUAGAAUUAUGAUGGGAUAUUUUCUUUUCGUAAACUGUUCCUCCAGACCAGGCCUAUGUUUGAUGUGUCCUAAGUGUAAGCCCCUCCCCUUUUCUGUGACUUUGGAUGUAGACACGCCCACUUUUCAAACUAACUCCGGUCUUUCACCUUCCAGUCUCCACAAAGCUCCCAACCAUGCUGCUGACCAGCUCUGACUCUCCUGACCAAUCACUGCAGAGAAGGGGCGGGCUUUGGGUUGGGGCGAGUGGUCAAGCAAUUUAGGUUCAGUACUAAAGAGUUUAGAACGACGACGUACGUUCAGUGCGAGGCAGCCAGACUUAUUGGGGGGUUUGGGACAGGAGUGAUUUACAGGUAUUGAGGUUGACAAAUGUCUGAGCAAAAAGGACUACUCUGUUUUGGUGACCACGGGCCUCUGUAGGCUUUUCUCCAAACCACUCCUCUUGGGUUGCUAUUAUAUAGAUAGAAGGGGCCCACAAGUGAACAGGGGUGUCAGUAAGGCUCCCUCAUUUCGUGUUUGUUUAGUAUGAACGAACUACAAGCAGAAGGGGAGGAGAGGGAGUUGAUUUUUUUUCUUUUCGUAUUUUGUUUUACUUGUACAGGGGUGAAAUCGCUGUAUUAAAAUAUGUAAGGUCUUAUUUACAUUCUCCUGGUUUGGUUACAGAAACUAAUAAAAUAAUAUGCUGUUAAAAAAUAA